CCCCCUCCUCCCUCCAAACAUGCUCGCCGCCCGCUCCCUCCGCUUCGUCGCCCGCCCCGCCCUCGCAAAGGCCGUCCCCCGCCCCGCCGCCUUCGCCGCGGUCCGCUUCUCCUCGACCCACGCCGAGGAGUCGUAUGAGGAGUUCAACGCCCGCUACCGCCAGUUCUUUGGCGAGGUGACCGACCUCUUUGAGCUCCAGCGCGGCCUCAACAACGCCUUCGCCUACGACCUUGUCCCCUCCACCGAGGUCGUCGAGGCUGCCCUCCGUGCCUCCCGCAAGGUCAACGACUACGCUACCGCCGUCCGCAUCCUUGAGGGUGUCAAGGAGAAGGUCGAGAACAAGGGCCAGUACGAGUCGUACAUCAACGAGCUCAAGCCUGUCAUUGAGGAGCUUGGCAUCCAGACCAAGGAGCAGCUUUACAACCUGUAAGGGCGAAUAGAUG